GUGUUACAUAGAGUUUAGUAGCUUUCCGCAGAUGCUUGUCAGGCUGUAGAGGCUAGGCGUUAGCCCAGCAGGUAAACACACGCACACACCGAGCGACUGUCAUGGGAGAGGACGGACGCAGCACUCUUUCUCGGUGUUUCCACAAAGCUCGUCUGCUAUAAGUGGCACUCGACCCGGGAUUACGCAGCUAACGCGACGCUAAUACGAUGAUCUUGGGAUAUUCGUACUGUCAACACCGCGCUGGAAUUAGUGCGACGUAGUUAGAUUAUGAUAAACGUCCACCGCCGGGAAACUUCGACAUCACACCGAACACAGGCCAGUCUGUCCUUUUGGGGAUGGGGGGGUCUCGGAGUUGUGCUUUUUCUCAUCACUUUCGGACCCUUCGCCAUAUUCUAUCUGGCCUUUUAUAUCCUCUGCUUCAUUGGCGGGGGCUUCGUGGUCACUCUGCUUUACGGAAAGAUCAACUCCGAGAAAUACUUGGAGAAGUGCGAGCACUCCUACCUGCCGCCCCCGCCAAUUGGUAUUCUAAAAACGUUGGAUGAGAUGAAGCUUGAGAUGAAGCCCAUAAAGAUCGACAGGCGACUGACUGGCUCUAGUUUCAUAGAUGAACCUCUGCAACAGGUGAUCCAGUUUGCUUUGAGAGAUUAUAUCCAGUACUGGUACUACACCCUGAGCGAGGAUGAGUCUUUUUUAUUGGAGAUCAGACAGACGCUGCAGAAUGCCCUCGUCCAGUUCUCCACGCGGUCCAAAGAAGUGGACUGGCAGCCUUACUUCACCACUCGCCUGGUGGACGACUUUGCCACCCAUCUGCGUGUCUUUCGUAAAGCUCAGGAUCGUCUCUCAGACAAAGAGGAUAAACAAAGGGACAUAACAGAGGAGCUGAUAGACUCAUUCUUUGAGGCGGAAGUGGAGAUGGAAAGGAAGAUCUGCCGAGACGUAGUGUGCACUUCUCUUAAGGAUGAAGAAGGUUUCCUUCGGGACUUAUGCGAGCUGCUGCUGUAUCUGUUACUACCUCCUGGAGACUUCCACAACAAGAACAUGAGAUAUUUUUUAAGAGAGGUGUUGGCACGUGGUGUGCUGCUUCCUCUCAUCAACCAGCUGAGUGACCCGGACUACAUCAACCAGUUUGUCAUCUGGAUGAUCCGAGACUCCAGCUGUAACUAUGAAGCUUUCAUGAACAUCUUGAAACUGACAGACAAGCCUGCGGAGCUGGAGGCCGUGAAGGACAAGGUGAUGGAGGAGCUCCAGUACUUGCGCUCGCUGGACACAGCAGGAGACGACAUCAAUGUGAUCAAGAACCAGAUCAACAGUCUUCUGUUUGUGAAGAAGGUGUGCGAGACCAGGAUCCAGCGACUACAGUCUGGCAAGGAGGUGGACGCUUUGAAGCUCGCGGCAAACUUCGGCAAACUUUGUGUCAUCCCGCUGGAUCACAUCCUCGUCCACAACAUAGCCCUGCAGUUCUUCAUGGAUUUCAUGCAGGCAGCCGCCGCCCAGGCGGAGCUCUUCUUCUGGCUCACCGUGGAAGGCUACAGGGUGACUGCGCAGCAGCAGCUGGAGGCGAUGCAGCUCUGGCAGAAAGAUGGCAAGAGGCAACCCAACGCCACCAAGGGGCUCCUGAAGGCAGCUGCACUUGGCGUCUAUGAGCAAUACCUCUCUGACAAGGCUUCUCCCAGAGUUCAAGUAGACGAGGACUCGAUAACACGCUUGGGGGAGAAGCUGCAGAAAGAUGAUCCCACGCCAGAAAUAUUCGAUGAUAUCCAGAGAAAGGUGUACGACAUGAUGCUAAGGGAUGAGCGCUACUACCCCUCGUUUAAGCAGAGUCCCCUCUACGUUCGCAUGCUGGCAGAGUUGGACAUGCUCAAAGAGCCCAGCUACCGCGGCUCUGAUGACGGCGACGGAGAAUCUUUCAAUGGCUCCCCGACAGGAAGUAUUAACCUGUCGCUGGACGACUUCAACAACUCCUGCCAUGAUGACUCUAUGCAGCUCCACGCUUUCAUCUCUGACACGGCUGACGCUUGUAUUCCCGGCUUCUGGGCUGCCGCAGGUGUGUGCAAUGAGCAUGGGAAGACGUACGCGCUUUACGCCAUCACUGUAUUCAGACGCAACCCGGACAGCAGCGAGGAUUGCUGGAAGACGUACCGGCGUUACUCCGACUUCCACGACUUCCAUAUGAGGAUCACAGAGCAGUUUGAGAACUUGACGUCCAUCCUCAAGCUCCCAGGGAAGAAAACCUUCAACAACAUGGACAGAGACUUCUUGGAGAAGAGAAAAAAGGACCUCAAUGCUUACCUACAAUUGCUGCUGAACCCCGAGAUGGUGAAGGCGUGCCCAACGCUUAUCCCGUAUGUCUAUGACUUCCUAGAGAACAAAGCCUACAACAAAGGGAAAGGAGACUUUGCGCGCAAGAUCGACACGUUCGUGAAUCCCCUGCGGAGUUCAAUGAGGAACGUGUCCAACGCAGUCAAGUCCCUGCCCGACAGUCUGGCCGAGGGCAUGAACAAAGUGUCGGACAACAUGGGCCGGAUGUCCGAAAGACUCGGUCAGGACAUCAAGCAGUCCAUAUUCAAGGUGCCUCCUCUUCUUCCCAAGGCAGACAUCGACCCCGAACAUUGCCGAGUCUCUGCCCAGCUGGACGACAAUGUCGACGACAACAUCCCGCUGCGGGUCAUGCUGCUGCUGAUGGACGAGGUGUUCGACCUGAAGGAGAAGAACCAGUGGCUGCGCAGGAACAUCAAGAACCUGCUGCAGCAGCUCAUCCGUGCCACUUAUGGCGAUACCAUCAACAGGAAAAUUGUGGACCACGUGGACUAUCUAACUUCUCCAGAACAGGUGGCAGACUAUGUCAAGAAGUUCAGAGACUCAUAUUGGCCUAACGGUAUUCUGGCUGAGACUCCGCCUCGUCGGGACAAGAGCAUCCGCAUGAGGACGCGAGUUGCUGCCAAGACCAGCCUGCUGGGCAUCAUGCCAGACGAGCUGAAGCACAUCAUCGGCGCGGACACUACUCGCAAGGGUAUCCUGCGCGUCUUCGACAUGUUCCAGUACCAGCCCACGAACCGGCGGCUGGUCUACGUGUUCCUGGAGGGCUUCUUGGAGACCAUGUUCCCCCAGUACAAGUUCCCCGAGCUCUUCGUCAAGUUGCACUCCCGCUCGCCGCGCGUCCACAGAUACGGCCAUAAACUCAAGGGUUCCUCCCUCAAGAGGUGACACGAGUGAACCGAGCCGGCUGGGCACGGACACAAGUAGACGCGCGCACAGACUUAAGAGCUAAACGUGACAUUGGGGGAAGGGGCUUAAUGUGAACAUGUGAAGCCCUCAUGUCUUCUCAUAGAAAACACUCCAAAUAAUCGUAACGAUAGUCUCUGUCAGCACACAUACCUUUUUGGAAAGCCGUUUGAGCAUUUAUUCAAUAUCCUAGCGUAAGACAAUUCAGCGCACUCGUAGAAUAACUGUGUCUGACUCAUGUUUAGUUCCACUACUAGUGCCACUUUAGGUCUACUUGUAAAACCCGUUGGAGCCUUUAUCCAAUGUCACGCUCAAAUGGCUUUCCAUAGUUUACUAGUAAGGUUUAAUUCCGAACUGAUAGCCCAAACAUGGCACUAGUAGUUUAAAAAUAAAUCUAAUAAAAUACAGUGGUUGCACUAGUGUGCUGAAUUGUCUUGCAAAUGAGGACAAAGAGCAUACUAGUACAUGGAUCUUAAACUGGAUACCAAGGAAUAAAUGCUCAAACGGCUUUCGUUACAAACACAUCAUCACAUGCGUCCGCAUGGUAGUGUUUUUAUCCCCUUUCAGUUUUGGAUGUUUUUAGUUCGGUUUUGCUGAACUGGGCCUGUCAGUGCUGCUCCCUGAUGGCCCCGCGAGUACUGUUCCAUUUUUAAACUGCAGGAAGAGAUAGCAUCGACCCACACCUUGCCUUACCUUCCUUUCCGCUUGUACUCGCCUCCCUCUUAAUGCUGUAGACAUUUUUAACUGCAAAAGCUGCACUCUUUGCAUUCAUAGCAACCAAAUAUUUCAAAAGCACUGGCUAACGAGAGGCACUGUUUUUAAAAAAGUGACUGAACAAAUAGAGGAUGAGUGGAUUUUUUUCAAAUUCUUAUUUUCCCACCUCGGUGCUUCUUUUUUGUGUGUUGCAUCAUGAUCGUCAAAGAGGAGCCUCCCCCUUAACUGUACAUCCAGACCCCAGAUGACCAAAGCUCACGCUUUUCUGUUCUGUGAAGACGUAUGAAGCGAAACGAUGCAAUGAUGACCUCACGGUGUUUGUGUGUGAAGGUGAAGGCUCAGCUGUCCAUGCAAGCACACUAAGUAUGCGUCUGUGGAAAGCCAUUUGAGCAUUUAGUCGAUAUGAUAUGAUAUCAAGCUUAAGGUCAAUGUACUGUAUGAUCUUUGUCCUCACUAGUAAGACAAUUCGGACGACACUGGUGCCAUACGAGUUUAAUUCAUUCUUUGACCACGCUUAUAUCCCAAAUCAUCUUUCCCCAAUGAAAUGAAUGCAAAUAAAAUCAAUCAGUUCCAGGCCCCUCAAAAAAUACCAAAAUGAUUUUGUUCAAAUAACUAUUUUCAGAAGAAAUUUUACACUGAACAGUAUUGUAAUGUAUUCAAACAAUAACACCAGCGGUCCUUCCACUGCACGGAAACCAAUGUGAAUUGAUAGUCGCCAGAUGUUGUGGUGUUUGCUGGCGCCAUCUAGCAACGGGAGUGUGAAGCACACUCAAAUCUACAAUUUCUGCUUGCAUGUCAAGACAAAAAAAAUAAAAAAACGGCCAACCGAUGACUCGUAUCAAAAAACUCAAGUCAAGACACCACUGUACUGGUAGACCAACUGUCUUACUAGUAAUUUUUUUUUUUUUCCCACACUAUCACACUUCUGUACACUAGUAGGACAAUUUUGGCAUACUAUUAGGGAAACUACAUUAAUAGUGAGGAUCUGAUGUUAUCUAGAAGAAGUGUAUGUCACUAAUAGUUCUAGAAGCAUCCAUUUGUCAACUAGUGAGCUAUUUUUUUCCUCACCUACUACCUGUAGUUGUUAUACUAAUGUGCAGAAAUAUACAGUUGUGGGGAAAAAUUAUGUGAUUAGGCCUUCUACUAGUGCACUUAAUUGAUCUAUACGUGAGUACGAGUACAUGGACCUUAAACUGGAUAUCAAAUAAAUGCUCAAACGUCUUUCCAUAGACGUCAACGAAUGUAUUCUCUGCGCUAGUGUGUUUAGUGCAAAUGUGUGUGUUUGUGGUCAAAUUGGGGGAGUGACUCGGCCUUAGGACAACACAUCCACAGUGUGAACUGACAAGAAGCUCGCCUCCACUUGACUGAAUCCUCCUUUAGAGAUAUGGACAAAUAUGCCGAAACACUUUGUCCACGGCAGACAGCAGGUCUUACAUUUUGUGCAAUAUUACUUUUGUUGGAUGCAUGUGCAUUUUGAAUUAUUGUACAGUGAACCAAGAGAUUAAUGUUCUUUUUUUUAAAAAAAAGAAAAAAAAAAAAAAACAUGAAAUGUUUCUCCUCCUUAGUCUGACAAAUUAACAUUCCAUUGUAAUUUUUUCUUUUUUCUUUUACAGACUUGUUUUAUAAGUCACACUGUUUUUUCCCCCCAAGGGUGUGGGCAUGUUUUCCCCCUGAAGAUUUACCUUUUAUUAGCAAAUUAGCUCGACUGGCUAAUUAGGUUGGGACAGGCCUCGCCACCUUCCCUGUCCCGUCCAAUAGCCUGCGACGAGUGGAAUCGCUGCUCAUGAGCACUUCUAGUAGCAAACGUGGGUGGAGUGUCUCCGAUUGGCUUGGACAGAGCACCUGUCUCUGCAGUCAUUGAUUGGACCUCAGCCACGGUGGCCUCUCAUUGGCUGAUAAACUGAACAUGUCUGUUCCUAUGGUGCGACAUCACCUGUAACUGCACACCUCUCCAUUCAGGAAGGCUUUUUUCCCCCCACCCCAAUAUACAUCAUGUGUAUGUACAGUUUGUCAUUAGUGUGCCUAAAUGUACUGUCAACUAUUUUCAUACUUUUCUUUAACCUAACCACACAAAAAAAAGUCAUGAUCACUUCAAACGACUGAAAAUGACUCUUCUCCCCCCCAUCAUCACGCUAACCAACAAACCCUUCCUUGAGAGCAACUGCGCUCGCAUCACUAUAACACUAAUAAAGGGUAACUCUGACUAACUGA